ACCCUCUCUUGUUCUUACUUCUGACCCUCCCUCUCUUCGUCUAUCCUUCCUUCCAUCAGUCCUCCGAACUGCAGUCUGCAUACAGGUCCAUUCUGCUGCUGCUGCUGCUGCUGGGUGAUAGGAGUGAGUGGGAGGAACAUUUUCCCCCGCUUUGACUCAGAAAAAAAGAGAAAUGAUGAGACAUCUUUCUGGAGCUGCAAAGGCAGAGUUGGAUUUGGCUUCCAGUUUCCUGCAUUGCACAAUAUUUCUCGUCUGCUUGGAGAUAUAAAAAAAAAAAGGCAAAGGAGAAAGCUUUGGCAGACAAGGAGGGAGAAGGAGAAGGUGAUACACUAAAGAGGACAGAGAAGAGGUCUAGAGUUGCUCAAGAGGGGAAGAAGGGAGAUACAGCAGAUUGCAGAAGAGAGCUGAGGGAGUGGGAGGAAUGAGGAAAGAGUGGGAGACAACAAACUGAAGAUGGAGUGACUAACACUGCAGUAGCAUGAGGGUUGAAGUGAAAGUAGAAGCUGAGAAGCAGCCGUGUGUACGCCACUUCACUUUCUGAAGGAGCCAGAGGAAAGGAAUUCACCGUGGAGGCAAGAAGGAGACGAAGGAGGGGGCCCGAGGAGGAGGAAGCCAGAGGUUCAACGCUCAAGAUGGCUACCAUGUCCUCUGCCUCUGACACUGGGGACCACCGGGGUCGCCACCCCCCUGAGCGGCGGCUGCUGAUCCUCGGCGGACCCCGGUCGGGCAAGACCUCCUCCGCCAAUACCAUCCUAGGAGAUGAGAUGUUUGAUGCCGGGACAGAGACGACCCACAGCAAUGUGGGUCAGACGGAGAUCUACGGGCGACGAGUCACAGUAGUCGACACUCCAUGCUGGGCCAUCCCAGCAGACCCAGAGGACGAUGAAGAACCCGAUACAGACGAUAAUGCUGGCGCCGAAUCAGACAGCCCAGCUCGGCCCCCGCCGAGCCUGGACAGUGAGGGCCCCUGCAUGGGGGCCAUUCUGUGCCCUCCUGGACCACACGCCAUUCUCCUGGUGGUGUCGAUCACCCAGCCCUUCAGUGACAGAGAGAGGAAGGCUGCAGAGGAGCAGCUGGGGGCUCUGGGUGGAGGCACCUGGAGAUACUGCAUGGUCCUCUUUACUGGAGUGGACAAGCUGCCCAAAGGCGUGUUCAUCGAGGAGCACAUAGCCAACACUGGAGAGACGCUGCAGUGGCUGGUGGAGAGAUGUGGAAGCAGAUAUCAUGCCUUUGAUAACACCCUUAAAGACUCAGAGGAAAACACUCAAGUACCUGAAUUGAUGGAAAAGGUGGAAGAAAUUGUCACCGACAACCAAGGCUGGUACUUUGAGGUGAAUGAAUUGAUUUUGCUGGAGGAAGAGCAGGCCCGGAGAGCGCUGGAGGAAGAGAGGAUGAGGAUGGAGGAGCACGCCAGGCAGAGGGAGCAGAUGAUCGGAGGACCUCCCCGAGAGUUGAGGUUGCUGCUGCUGGGUUGGAAGGGCGUCGGGAAGAGCUCGGUGGGGAACUCUAUUCUGGGCCGUCGAUUCUUCGAGUCGGGUCAGGAGACAGAGCUGUGCCAUAGGAGGCAAGCGCUUGUGUGUGGCCGCCGGAUCACGAUCGUCGACACCCCGGGCUGGGACUGGUUCUCGGUGAGCCGGACCCCAAAGCGGAUCCGACAGGAGUCCCAGCGCGGCGCCGCCCUCCUAAGGCCGGGACCCCACACCCUGCUCCUGGUUCUUCCCGUCGUCUCAUCCCUUACGGCCAGGAAGAGGAGGACGCUCCUGGCGCACAUCGAGACUUUGUUCGGAGACAAUGCGUGCCUCCACACCAUGGUGCUGUUCAGCUGUGGUGACUGGCUGGGACACACGCCCAUCGAGGAGCACAUCCUCAGGGGAGGGCGGGAGCUGCAGAGACUACUUGAGUACUGUGGGAACUAUUACCACGUCCUGGACAGUAAGACACCCGGCAAGGACAGGAGUGUGUCGCUGCUUCUGGAUAGGAUAGAGGAGAUGAUCAGGGAAAACGGUGACCAGGCCUUCCUCCCCAUCCAGACAGAGUGGUUGAGCGAGGAGAGCUCUUACUCCUCGGACAACACCGAACCGGAGGACGACUGCCGGGGAUGCCAGCUGCAGUGACAAGAACGCCCCAGAGCUGGGGGGGAGCCAGUGUUCCCUGGCUUUGUCUUCGGUAGACCCCAAACAUCACCUCAUGUAACCUUCGCCUCAUCUAAAAUCUCCCUCAGUAAAUCCAAAAAGAUUCAGGGAAGAACAAAAGGGUUAGAAGCAAGAGUUGGGACAUGUAGCUCUUUCUUAUAAAGACCAUACCCACUGUUCACUCAGCAAAGCUCAGCCUUUACUAACCGGAUCCAAAUACCACUGGGAAUAGACUCCAACUCUGCUGCUGUUAAAGCGACAUCAUUGCAAAUCCAUGUUCACUUUGACUUUCAAAUGAAGCUACAAUCGGUGAUUUCUGUUUUAUGGAAGAUAAGCGGGUGCCUUGGUGAGGUUGUCUCCUGCUGCAGCAGCUUUGAAGAGGUAAAGCAGCUCCAGCGUAAAACAAAAACUGAGCUCCACAGGGCGGAGACACAAGCGUAGUUUUCACCGUGUGUGAUCCACAUUCACAUUCUGAAUAUCAAAAUUGCCUUCAUUAAAGUUCGAAUAGGGUCUGCUCAGGGAGUCGGGUUGAACUGAUCCCUUCAGGGGAAAAUAUGGCAAUUUAGAAAAAAGCUGAUCGAUGCUGUUUGCUAAACUGCAGACGUGAGUCACAUCAUGAAUCCAGCCGGAGAGAUUCUGUGUGUUUAGACAACAAGAAGCAGCUCUCCCGUGCUAAAAAAAAAAUAACAUACAUUUUGUAAAAUAGUGCAUAUUCUGUUGCACCGUUGCUUAGCCUUCUUUCUCAAGGAGAACAAAAGAGUAAAGGGAAGGCUGCCUUGAAACCGUGCAGCCUCAGAUCCCAGCAGAGCAGUUCGGGCUGGCUCUGCAACCGUCAUGCAUCCAGCGCAAAUAUCGACAAGGUAGAUUCAUCUCCGUGCCUCAGCAUCACAGCGUGAGAGCGGGAGCCUGGAAGCUGUAUCCUUAAAACGCUACGGCAAGCUUUCGCAUGUUACACAAACUAAAUAACCUCAUGAACCAUUCAGAGCUCGCGCGGGGGCUUUUACUACCUGCUAACCUUUUUCUACAUCCAUGAGACAUCAGCUCCUGACGUACGAUUUUUUUCUUAACAAGGAACAAUUUGAAUAAAAAGUAAUAUGUAAACGUAUAUUCAGCCGUCCGCGGCACGUAAAGACACUGCAUGCGAACAAACGAGUGCCUAAAGAGUUGAAGGCAACCUCACUUCUUAUUCUUCUGACUCUUGCUUAAAAAUAAACCUGUGACUUCUCUGGUGUGGCAUUCACGUCCUUCCACCUCAUCUGUACUAACGCAAGAAAUGUUGAGGCACAGUGGAAGAGGAAGGGGAAGGAAGCCUGUUCAACAUGUGACGGACACCACUGCCAGGCAGCCAAAUCUCCUUUUCUAUACAUGAAGCGAGGAACAAAAGAAAACCCUGACCCAGCCUUCUCUGUGUUUUACUGACUCCGUGCUUCUCCUAGUGACGUAGGCUACCGCAGCACUUAGUGUGACGAGCAUGCCUUUAAAAUUUCCUACCAGGAUGUGGCAAACCUUCACUCUGAGUCUUGCUCUUAAUUGUGAAUAUGUUGUAUAUGCUGUGUAUAUUUUGCAACGUGAAAAUACGUUAAAGUGAAAGCUCUUAGCAAAGCAUUUUGCACUGUGUAAGUUCUACGACUUUACUGCAGCCAAAGUGACGUUACUGACUGUGGUAAAUCUUGUAUCAUCAUCAGUACUUUGUUCAUCCUCCGACAACAAUAAAAGGUUCAAAUAUA